AUGCCGACCACACGUAAGGAUGCACCGCUACCCAGCAUACCACAGCAUGGACAGACUUUUACAUUCCCAAAAGACAGACAUCUGCUCAUCACCACGCCAAGACAUAUCUUUGCUUGGGACUCUAGCGGCAUCCAUGAAGUCUUCCACAGCAGCAAAGGCGGCAUCGUCGCCGCAAAGGAGGCCAAAGAUGGAUCCGGGAUGCUCGCGGUCGCGAGCCGUAACGUGGUCGUCAUGCAUGACACGAAGCGCGGGAAGGAGGAAAGUUGGGGGUUGAAUGCGCCAGAAGAAGAGGUUCGCCAUCUGGAGUACUCGAACGAUACCAAGUCACUAUUCCUGUCCAAUACUUCAGAUGGCAUCAUCCAGCAGUACAGUGUUGAGAGAUCAAGGCUGCUUGCGCCUGUGCAACAACACACUAGCUCUCCAGCCGCAGUCGCCAUUUCUCCAACAGGCCAUUUGUUACUAUCGGCGUCAAGCAGUCCGCCUGAGAUUUCUUUGAAGAAUCUGGCCCAUAAUACCGUGCCCACUCUGAUGAUGCCCGAAGCGUCAUCGGCAUCAGUAUGCUGUGCUGCGUUCCACCCUGAACGGCCGAACAUGUUCAUGCUGGCCUUCCGCGACGGCACUGUGAGUGCCUAUGAUGCUCUUCGCAUCAAGAAGGAUUACAACAGCUCGAGGGAAGAUGGAGAGAUCUCACACAUCCCGAACCUCCAUCGAAGCGUAGUCUUUGGAACUGCCUCGACGGGUCGAUCAGGCAUUGCAGCUCCAGUCAUCGCAGUGGCAUUCCUUCCUGGUUUCAAAACGAGAGCAAAAUCUGUAAGCAGCCGAGAGGACGCGAUCUUGAGCCUCGAAUGGGUGCGCGGUCCAUCGCCCAUGUCAAUCGAGGAUAACGUUGGUCACUUCAGUGACGACUCUCCAGCGGCCUUGGCACCGAAUACGAAGCAAACCUCAGCAUCGCGGCGACAGAUGAAAGUCAUAUCUCCUCCUCCUCCAGAACCGCAGCCUUCUGGCCUCGGCCUACCACCGGAUCUACGGCCGUUGAAGCCAGAUCGCGCAUCCAUAAUCCCCAAAGAAUUCGACCCAGGAUCUCAAGCACAACUUUCACGAGACAAGUGUGGGAUCAACGUGGCGGGGAUUCGCGCAAGCUUUCGGUCUUGA